GUUAGUUCGGUGAUGGCUCGCGGUGAGAAACGGAAACUGGAGGAGAAGGGGGUUUGGCGGGAGACGGUCUUUGCAGUACCUGCAGGGGGAGAACGCGAUCCAAAAGGCUCGCAGGGGAAGAUCCAGGGUGCGGGGAGCCGAGAAACGAAUCGGCAGAGGGGAACAACUGGCUCCUAGAAGACUGGCCAUGGGUCUCAGGCGGAGGAGACAGGGAGUCGCCUGAAGAUGGAAAGGCAGCCCAAGGCCCCAGCCUCCAGUGCUUGCGGGAUGCACCCAUCGACCAAUGGGGGGCGAGCUGAAAUGGCGGUGAAGGAGAUGGGGGAAGGAGCAAAGGGCGGAGGGAAAGGCGGGAAGAGGGAGAUGGCGAGGGUCGCGGUGCCGACCUGGGAAAACAGCAGAAGGGUUUUCGCGAGAUGGGGGGAUGACGAUUGAUGGGCACCUGGAUAUGGGGCCGGAGGUGGUGGCAGGCCUUGGGGCUAAGGAAGGCGGCCCAUCGCCUUUGGUCGGGUGUGGGGAUGCGAUGCUGGUUGACAAAAAGGCCUUGGAGAAAACGACUGGAAAACAAAGUGGAGAACAGGUCGCGAUGGUGUCGGAGAAGCAAGAUGGGGGCGAGAGUCCCAUGGUGCUUGAUGCGGCCACAAAGGUGGCUAAUGAAUAUGGAUCUAACUUGUCCAAGCUAUUGGAGGUUUUCAGGAUGGCGAUUGCGGAUGAGGAGCUAGAGGAUAGAAAGAGAUCAGCGGACAUGGUGGAGGAUCUUCCGCGGGAUCCGACACCGACAAAGAAAAUUUGCGCGGAAAAGUCAGGCGAGGAGCCAGGAGAGACGGUGGAGGUAGCCAGCCCGAAAUGACCCCAAUUGAUUAAAUGAGACUUUUUUCGUGGAACGUGAGAGGGAUUGGGUCAUCCCUCACGUUCCAAUCGCUGUUAGGAUUAGUUAGAGUUAUUAAUCCGGAUUUGGUAUUCUUGUCGGAGACCAGAUCUCGUCGAAAAGUUGUCACUCGUCGUAUGCGAGGGUUAGGUUUUGAUUUAGAUUCUUGUUUUCUUGUUGAUGUCGUUGAUAUGUCUGGCGGCCUAGCGGUAGGGUGGUCCCCGAGCAUUUGUGCCUCGGUUUUGUCUAGUUCUUCUUUUUUUAUUUCUAUUCGGAUUAAUAAUAUGGAAAUUCCGUA